AGCUGCCGCACUGUUGCUGUCUUCAAAUAUCAAAAGCUGUCAACAACAACAAGCCUCGAUGGUGACGUAUGAAAACUGCAACAUGCCACGACACCUGGAUGGAUUGAAAGUUUGUGGUUUGCAUCUCGUCCGGUUCUGACCUGAACAAGAUUCGGAGCCGGCCCGUCCUCGCUGUUAUUUCUCCGAAAGCAGUUAAGAUGGAGAUUGAUGUAAGUAACCCUAGCUGCGCUUGAUUCCUACACUCAUGCUACCGUCUCUGAUCCUUUAGCAAUUGGUUCCAAGAAAAUGGCGCAGCAUUCCUUGUACUCGCCCUGCCGCGACUACUGGGAUCUGGAGGAGCUAAUAAGCGAGGAGGAGUUGAUUCCCUGCGAAACGAAUCACCCUCUGUACCAUGCGGCACACCUCCUAGAAGGCGUCGGCAUGGCGCAACGGACCACCGGGAGUGCGGAAGAGCUCACCUUGCCCGCGGGGACGAAGCUGAAGCUACCUUUCUGGCUCGCGCAAGCGCUCAUCGGACUGACGCAGACGGACGCCGCGACGGGGCAAAUCAAGGGGACAGUACAAUUCGAAGCGCCGAACCAGUACUGCGACUCGCUCGUGUACAGUCUCGCGAGUGACCCGUCCAAAGUCCACCUGCGGAAUUUUUCGCCCUUCUACUUCGAAAUCGGGUCAAGGAUGGCGUUCGUGUAUAGAUAGAAGCAGUGUGUUUGUGAAUUGAUAGAUUGAUAUGUUUUCAUCUACGUCACAAGAACUUAGUUGCGGUGGGGCAUAGAUAGGUUAUUGGUUGCUUCGUUGAUUUUUGAGGAACUAAGACUUAAUGCAGCAUGUUGUCGUAACUGAUACAAAUUAAUACUUCAUUUUCAGGUUCCAUCGAUACAACGUGCAGCUUCCCCUGGAUGUGGAACGAAUGGCGUGGCCGCGGCUGCGCAACCAGCUCUUCAGCGCCGCGAAAGCAAGAUGGAAUGCGACGAUCACCAUGCUCGGGCGCAAGGGCGUGGCGGAGCACGUGGAUCCAUUGUACGUGCAAAUGCUCACGUACGUGGAGGAAAACCUGUUUUUCGGGAUUCGCGAGGCAGAACUGGCCAUCACUGAAAUAUUCAACGUGAUGAAAUCCGACGAGGACAGUAAGUAUCAACUGUAAAAAUGUCUGGGUCUGGAAGAAUUCAUGUUUGUCAUGCUUGUCUGGCAUGACUCUUACAUCUGUCAUGCACGUUACCUAAGAGCUCCGUUUUUCUGUGAUGCAGAAGCGCAGUUUGUCAUGCAGAACAGGCAACACCUAGGAGCUCAGAAACUUGUCAUGCUGAGUCAGGAUUUGUAGCCUCAUCAUGAGACGCCACCCAGCAUCACAAGUUUCCAGACAUCCAGGGAUUUUUACUUUUGAUAGCAAGAGCAAAAAAAUACGGAGGAUAGAGUGACGUCGAGGGUGCGAAAGUACAUAGAAUUACAGCUUGGGCACCUGUUAAAUAAGCGGCCGCGUAAGCUCUUUGUACUUGGUGCGUAUUUCGCGUCUCGGAUAAUUUCACGAACAGUGCAGUGCACACCCUGAAACUUUCCCCAGGGUCGCAAUAUUUGGCAGCUUUCGCGCCCGCCGGUCGCAAGAACAAAAGCGGGCCAGCGAUCCAUCGUGGGUUGGCGCAGCUUUUGUGGCAGCGCCUUUCCCGCGGAUCAAACGGGCGCGCGAACGCGAUCGCGUGGGCGACGCCUCUGGCACUCCGGGCCGGGUUGGGGAGGAGGUAGGAGGACGGCGGGCCAAGCCGCUCCGAGAACGCGUUCUCGAGCCGAUUUGGCCGGGGGGCGCAGGCGUUCUCGAGCCGGUUUGGUCGCUCGCGGAUGGGCCAGAGGUCGGAGCGGCCGAAGUCGGCCCGGAGUGGCGGUUUGGUCGGGAAGCGAUGGGGCCCGGCACGCCGGGCCGGGUUGGGGACGAGGCGGGAGGGCGGCGGGUCAGUUCGGAUGGGCGUCUGGCUCUGGCACUUCGGGCCGGGUUGGAGAGGGCGACCAAAUCGGCGUGAGGUCGCGUUCUCGAGCCGGUUUGGUGGGGCUGCUGACCAAAUCGUCCCGAGAUCGCGGCCUCGAGCCGAUUUGGUCGGCCGCGGGUGGACGGGUUGGAGAGGCCGAUGACCAAAUCGUCCCCAGAUCGCGAUCUCGAGCCGAUUUGGUCGGCCGCGGGUGGACGGGUUGGAGAGGCCGAUGGCCAAAUCGUCCCAAGAUCGCGGUCUCGAGCCGAUUUGGUCGGCCGCGGAUGGACGGGUUGGAGAGGCCGUUGUCCAAAUCGUCCCGAGAUCGCGAUCUCGGUCCGAUUUGGUCGGCCGCGGAUGGACGGGUUGGAGAGGCCGAUGACCAAAUAUUCAACGUGAUGAAAUCCGACGAGGACAGUAAGAGCAAAAAAAUACGGAGGAUAGAGUGACGAGAGUCUUUCCCAACAACUACCCACCCGGGAGUUGAGAACAGGGGACUUUAGAUGUGCUGGGAGAAUAGCUCCUUAUGUGUGAACGUGGUGUCGCCGGAACUGUGAUUGGUCGCAUAGGCAUGAUUGUCUCUGACAAAACUGAACAACAGGUGCACCACAAGGCAUACUUUUGAGUUUUAAUUUCUGCGACCCGGUCCUUCUAGAUGAUGCCAGAGAUGAUCUUUGAUCAACUUCGUGAAUCCCACCUGCCGGCACCCUGGUGCCCCUGGCUGCAUUGGUUUCGCUGCAGCUUCUCUGCUACUUUCUGAGAUUUUGUUAUCAAGUUGGGUGUGUCUUCGGGGUUUUGGUGCAACGUUUGUGGCUUCUAAACCCUAGGACGCAGCUUUUCUUCUUCGGGGUUUUGGUGUAAAUUUUGUUGCUUCUAAACCCUAAGACGCAGCUUCUGUGCUACUUUCUCAGGGUUUUGUAUAAAAUUGCUUGCUUCCGCCUCCCUCUUUGCAGAACCUCGGAAGCCGUGCGCGCCCAUGAGCUGCGCCCGCCGGGAGCGGGGCCGGCCCCGUUGUCGUUUUGUUGUGCGUGCCCGCGCGCGCUUUUUAGCCACGGGGGCGGGCACAUGUUUGGCGCCGGCUGAGUAAGGGUGGGCGGGCGCGCAGCGUCUUAAAACGGCAGCGGUUGCGUGUUUUCGCCCGUCGCAGUGUGGCUCCUUGCAUGCUCUACAGCGAACAGCCGCCGGAUGGCUGUUGGGCGUGUCGCUGGGUAAAGGUGUUGCGCUUUGCAUGGCCCACAACAAAUUCCCUGCUGCCAACCAAUCUCUGAAAUCUUCAACGUGAUGAAAUCCGACGAGGACAGUAUAUGGCGUUCUCAAAUGUUACAUUCUCAACUGUUACAUGAUUUGUCAUGCAAAAACACUACCACUCUUAACACGAUCAAGCCUUCUCCGCAUGACAACCUCUCGAUGCGCUAGAUAGCAUUAUAAUCUGCUCCACACCUGUAAUGCAAAAGGCGCAAUGUUUUCCCUUUCACUUUGCCAUUCUUGCAUUACAAAUUUCAUGUAACAGUUGAGAAUGUAACGUUUGAGAACGCCAUACAGUAAAAGCAAAAAAAUACGGAGGAUAGAGUGACGAGGGUGCGAAAGUACAUAGAAUCUAAGUAGAACUACUUCAUCCUGCCCCCGCGGCCGAUGGCGUGGUCCUCCUGUUUCGUAAAUGAACACUAUGUAUCCGCCAUAAUUGCAGUGCGGUUGCCGGUUUCCAUUUCCUGCUUCAUCGGUCCUCUCGUCCAGGAGCUGCUCGCAUUCAUUCACUUGCCCGAGGGUUGUAACUGAGUACCUUCAAGCAAAUCCUGGGGGCUAAGUACGUUUUUCGGAACGACGGUCCACUUGUUUUACUGCGCAGUCUUGGCGGGAAGGAAAAGGAUGACUGUUUUUGAGGUUCAGU